UAAACACGCUUAAAAACCAUGGGACAAAAUCAUUAACUUUUUAAAAGCUCAGAAAACAGUAGGGAGAUAUUUUCUGAAGGCCUAACGAUGAUAUCAUAUCAAAGAAUCCCAACUGUGUAAGAUUAUGCAAUGGCUUUCCAGAUAUAAAACCAUUUAGUCAAUGAGGAAAAAAAAAAGGAAAGAACCAAACAAGUAUACUUUCUCCUGUCAACUUCAUCGAAGUGGGUUCCUUGGAAACAAUUGCUUGGGCAUUUCUCCCAUUGUUUCUUUUCAUCUUGCAUUCUUUAGCAUGCCCCAACAAUGUGGAAGAACAUUCAUUGCAAUCAGAUGUUAUAUAAGGUUAGAAGCUACUCAAGAAUAGUUCCUCCACCACCUGCCUAUGCGAAACCAGUUAUCAGAGUCUCCAACAAUGUUGCCCAUUUGGGCUCUCCAAAAGACGGUCCCAAGCCACGCCAGCUCCUAUCCUUGCCCCCAUUUCCUCGCCUCCCUUUGCCUGGAAAGAAUAUGGUGGCAUCUCAUGUCACCGCUAUUAGUUGGCUCAAAUAUUACUUCAAUGAAAUCCCCGACUCUACAAUCCAAUCACAUUUUAACAAGGGCCUUGUCCAUAUGCAGUUGCCGAGUUGUAGUAACUCCAUCAAACAGGGAGGACCAACAUCUAUUAGAAAGAUUAAACCUAGUGAUGUUAUGGAGGAAGGAGCAAGAAUUCAUAUACCUGUAUCAGUAGCCGAGACUAGCAUUUCGAAGAGGUUUGGUGUCAUACCAAGUGGAACUUUAUAUCCAAAUGCUGAUGAGAUUGAAUAUUUACAAAGGCUUGUCCAGUACAAGGAUUCAGCUCUAAUUGUCCUAAACAAACCCCCAAAAGUACCCGUCAAGGGGAAUCUCCCAGUUCACAAUAGCAUGGAUGCAUUAGCGGCUGCAGCUUUGUCUUAUGAUUAUGAUGAAGGCCCUAAAUUGGUGCAGCGCCUUGACGCAGAGAGCAGUGGUCUCAUUUUAUUGGGGAGAACAAGAGAAAGCAUUGGUCUUCUUCAGUGGUUAUUUAGUGACCAAAAUAAUCCAAUUUCCUGUUGUAAGGCUUGGAAUGAUGCACGUGAAGCAAUGUAUCAAAGGUAUUGGGCAUUGGUUAUAGGCACUCCCAAGGAAAAGGAAGGCUUAAUUCGGGCUCCUCUUACAAAGGUGCUUCUUAAUGAUGGGAAGACAGACAGAGUUGUCCUGACUCAGUGUUCAGGUUUGGAGGCUUUAACUGAAUACCGAGUGUUAGGUCCUAAAAUAAAUGGAUGCUCGUGGAUUGAGCUACGUCCACUCACUAGGCGAAAGCAUCAGCUGCGGGUGCACUGUGCUGAAGCUCUUGGGACUCCCAUUGUUGGUGACUACAAGUAUGGUUGGUUUGUGCACCAGAGAUGGAAGCAAAUGCCUCAAGUUGAUAUUGAGCCAUUUUCUGGGAAACCAUACAAGUUGCGUAGGCCAGAAGGUCUAGAUGUUCAGAAGGGAAGUGUGCUGUCAAAGGUCCCCUUGUUACACCUCCAUUGUAGGGAGCUUGUAAUUCCAAACAUAGCAAAGUUUGUUGAUGUCUUAAAUCAAAAGUCUGAAAACCUCUGCCAAGCACUUGAUGCAAAGCCGGAUCUUCUUCGGUUUGUGGCAUCAAUGCCCAACCACAUGAAAAUUAGCUGGAAUCUCAUGUCCUCGUAUUUGGUGUAAGGAUAUCAGGCAUUGCUUAUUCUUCCAAGUUUUGUAGAGCUUGACCCAUAUACAGUGUUUAAACUUCUUGAAGGUGUAUCAAUAUUUGUUAUUUAUUUUGUUUUGUCAA